GUUCAACCUCGAAGCCAAAUUCGCUGAACAUUUCUUUGCAUGUGCUCACGGUGACCUGGCCCAGGAUACUUCAGUGCUUCGACUUUUCUUGACUAUUAUACGACCCGCCCUUGGAGGGCAUUCAUUAUGACUUUUGGCACGACACAGGCAAACUGGUGGACGACGAGCGAAGGAUCCACUUCAGGUUCGGAAUCAGUUUCACCAACAACCCCUCCGGAUACCCAGAUAUCUGGCACAGAUCCAUCCUUAUACCACUCAGGGCCAUAUGCUUUGGGAAGCGGUGUCGUUAGUACUACGGUAUUCACAAGCACCUUUCCCGUUACGACUAUCACGAAUUCGGCAACAACAUUCACAUCCUACUCGGAUUCCAUUGUGACAGAAACCUUUACAAACUCAUUCACGGGCUCUCCACCCUCAGGCAUCGUUCUCUCUAAUGAAGCAACAUCAUCGGUGCUCUUCGCCGCGUCGUUGCAGAUAAAUCCAACAUGCGUAGGGAAUGGGUUGGAUGCUGCGGCAGACGGGUUGUUGGCGUCUUUGGUGAUCCCAAGCGCAAUAGGUUUCAUAAUAUGGUUGAUAUUUGCAGUCUUACGGCCGCGUUUUCGGCAAGUGUACGGACUCAGAGAGUGGUUCGUGCACCAGGAUCUUCGUCCAAAACCACUGAGUGACUCGAUCUUCGCCUUCUUGUUCCCCCGUGUUCCCUUGGCCCCCUCAAUCCCCUCCAAUGUUUCUGAUGCAGGAAAAUCUGUACGAGCAGACGCUGAACUCUUCCCUUCCGAUGAUCAGCUUAGCCAGCGCACGCUGUGGACAUGCUUUCUCAUCUGUUUGGGUUGGACUUUCCUCGGCCUUGUGGGCGCAUUGCCUUUGUAUCUCGUUUCUACCCCUUGCCACUCCGAACUGCCUUCUCCAUCAUCUUACGGGGGCGGAUAUAACAUGCUGCAAGAUCUCAGUCUAUCGCGUCUGCUGCGCCUAUUAGAAAGCGGAAACAUAAGUACGGCCAAUCUUGCCACCAUGCUGAAGCGUGCAGACGCAACGGAUAGCCCAAACUUCCGGGUUAGAAUCAUUGUAUUAACGGCCUUGACGUUGGUGCUUGCUCUCCUUCCUGCGCUUUGGAAGAUCCUACAUGAGUUCAACAACCUUGUGGCGUACCGUGAGAGGUGGCUAGAUACAAUGUGUGAGGGAAAGGACAUUGGCUGGUUGAGUGCAAGAUACGCUCCUGGGUUUGUUGGCUGGGGAGAACAAAGGCUAAAAGAUUUCAUAUUAAAGGCGGGACUGAGCCUGUCCUUAGACCACAAUAGCUCCUCAAGGGAUCGUAACGCCACUAGGACUCGCCGUUCAGGCAGAAGAGGGAGAAGCGGGGAGAAUGAGCCUCUGAAUGCAAGUCAUGACGGACGUCCAGAAGUUGACAUUGAGACCUUAUUCUCUAUCUCUGAUACACGAGAUCUUGCAAAGCUAAUCGAUAGGCGAGACUACAUCCUAGGAAACCUGGAAAUUGCGGAAACACAAUAUAUAACGUGCUUCCGUCUCACCACCCCUGACCCCUCACUUGCUGACUGGGUUCCACCUUCCAAUGAGGAUCCAACUCGCCCUCAUAUCAGCCGUCCACGACCGUUGCUCGGUUCGCGCCGACGAAACCCCGCCUUUGCAGCCUCUUCACUUGCGUCUAAAUCCUUUGUAGCUCCGUCUACUUACUACAAACUUCGCGGUGUCCACGGUAUCAAUGGAGGUCGAUUUUCUGACAACAAGGAAGAUCAUGCAACAUUCUCCGAUUCCAUUGCCUCCCCCAUCCUUGGUGAUCGCUUCCAGGAAGAUAAUCGACGGUCUCAGGGAUCGAGUUUCUUUGGAUUGGGCAGCUACUUCCGCGCUAAUAAGUCUGUUGACGAAUUGGGAAUGAUACGAUCCCGUGAUGAGUUGUCGAUAUCGUCCCCUAUUCCUCCACCUCCUGAUCCACGAAAAUACGGACCCAAUUGGCUUGAUUCAUCGGAUAUUGUAGGGUCAUAUGGUGUUGAUAAACCUUUACCUCCGGUGGAGGAAGAAUGGGUAGAUGUCCUACAAGAACAGCCCGGAAAGUAUGUUGCAAGCGAACCCAAUGGAGACUCUGCUGCAGGUCCAUCGUCGUUCAGACAUCGUCCCAAACGAGAGCAGCCCAUCUCUGCAGGAAAACGUGAAACCUUUCCGUUCAGGAACAGUGACGACGACAAGAGGCAGGAUGUUCCCCCCCCUCAUCUGCGAAUCCAGCCUUCGGGGCCCUUCGUACGGCCCCAGGAUGGGAUCAAUUUUGACUAUCUGGGUGAUAUCUAUAGCGAUAUCACUGAAUGGCGCAGCAAACUAAAGGAUAUCAACGCCGAGAUUUCUACUGCCCAAUACAGUUGUUACGCGGAUAUUGCCGAAGGUGCUCGAAUCAAAGGAUGGCUCAUGGUAGGACGGGGCUUGCGGCAUAUACCAGGAAUUCAGAUCAUCGAAGGCAGGGCGAAGGAAGAUAUACGAUGGGAUAUUCUGCAAAAUGAAAGGACUAGUCUGGAUACCUGGGUAAUGAGUGCCACGAUAAUCAUUGCUGUGAUUCUGCUAGCGGCUGGAUUGACUGCGGCCUCAGGACUGGCUCUUUCUAAUGCACCGGACUUUGCUCACUAUAUCACCUUCCUCCAGUCGGUCACGACUGCCGGCGCUCUUCCUUCUGGGAUUAUAACUGUAUGGAUCCCUGCUGUUGGAGCUACGAUCUUCAUAUCCCUUACCCUUGCGCUUGUGCACUGGGUUUCCGAGAUUCGAGGGGCGGUUUCACAGUCCGGCGGACAGCUGAUGACGUUCAAGAUCACCUUCUAUGUUCUUGUCUCUGUAGCAGUUGUAUGGAUCCUCGCCAUUGGCGCAUUGCUCUUCGCCCUGCACGCGUUUAGUGUUGACCUGGACAAGGCGACGAUGGUCGCAAAAGGUUCCGUGUAUAUGACUGUAUUCGCCCUUUCUAUCAUUUUGCAGAUAGCUAUCAUCUUCCCAGGUCUUCUCUUGCUGCAACCGCUGCGUUUAUGGCGCAUCAUACGCGGUGAAAGGCGUGCUAUUACACCCCGACAACGUUUUAGAGCUAUGUAUCCGAAGCCCUAUGAUGCCACCAUCGCUACAGGCGCAUGUGUCCUAGGUAUCAUAUUUGCCUCAACGUUUUCCCUGAUAUUCCCGCUCAUCGGACCUGCUGUUAUGCUCCUGUUGUUCUUGACGUUGAUUGCGCAUCGCUUCCUUGUUGGUUAUGUUCAUGGUCGCACGCUCUCCCAAACUGGCGGCCUGAUACAAAUAUGGCUCCUUCGCCGCUUCGGUACUUUGUUGGCGUUUCAGCCUAUCUUCCUAGGUCUCAUUUUCCUUGCUAAUGAGAUCUGGAUCGAGGGGGGGGUUUUGGUCGGAACUGGGGUGGUAGUCAUUCUUUUCGUGGAGGCCUAUACAAGCUGGCGAACGCGGCUACCAGGAAGGAGAUCUCUGAGUAUCGUCAGCCAGGAUUCAUUAGAUACAUUUACUUCUCGGGCCUCCCAAACAAGACGCCUGGUUGUGGACGAAGAAGAGUUGAGCCAGAAGAGCAGCAGCGGUGCACGUCGAACGCGAAGUUCGAUGGCAUCCGUUUUGGAGAUGAUGAGCCUGACUCUGGCUGUCACGCCGUCGUCUUCUACUACGAGAGGGUCUGUCCCCUUGCCUAACUGCCGGCAAUUAGAAACAGAGAACUUGAAUGACCUCACGGCCACGGAGCGUGCUGCUAGAACACACCCGGAAGCUCCUCCACGCCUUCCUCCUUUAUCAUUUUCUGAUCACGAGGAAGAUAUGGCGGGAAUAUUAUAUGCUCCCGAACUAAUUGCCCCACCUCCGAUAAUUUGGCUUCCGAACGAUUCGGCCGGUGUGGCGCGCUCGGAGGCCGUAGACUUGCAAAAAUACCACGACUUACGGGUUACUCUUGAUGUACGAGUGACAGACGAUGUUAUGGUGCAACGACCGACACCGUCACGAGGACAGUGGUAA